AUGGUAACAAGGGCAGAGCCCCAAGAGAAGUUCAGAGCAAAGAGGCAGAAGGACUUUGAUAUAUUAGAGCAAAAUGAAUCCAGUGAUGAGGAGAGCCAGAAAAAAGAGAGAUUACUAGACCCGAAGAUACCAGCUGCGGAAUCCGCGCGCGACGCGGAAACUGGAAUCACCGGGAAACUGGAGCCUAAAGCCUUUGCGCUUGCGCACCCAUUGGGACCUUUUCCGGCUCCGCUUUCAAAGCGCACGUCCUGGUGGUCCCCAGAACCUGGCCCUUGGUUCAGAACCUGGGUCCAGAACCUGUGUUUUACGCCACCUGUGACCCGUCAGCGGCGUAGCUACCGCUCAGCGCCUGCGCACACUGCGACGUCGGUCACCAUGACAGCGGCCGCUGGGAGUCCGGGAUCUUGGAGUGAAAACAUAUUGGGAUAUUUUCUGAGAAAUAACCAGAUUACAGCCAAAGAUGGUGCGGAGAUCACCUGGUAUCAUGCUGCUAACCACAAGGCUCAGAUGAAUGAGGCACUGAAAAGUACUGCUCACAUGAUAGAGGCUGACAUUCUUCUUCCUGAUGAUGGAUCAGAACAUAGCCAACCGAUUAUGGCCCAUCCUCCUGAAACAAGCAGUGAUAAUACGCUCAAAGAGUGGCUGGCUGAAGUUGUGAAAAGCAAUAAAGGCAUCAAGCUGGAUUUCAAGAGCCUGGCAGCUGUAGAACCAUCCAUGAUGCUCUUGGAAAAGGUGAAGAGGCAUCUGAAGCGUCCCGUGUGGAUGAACGCUGAUAUUCUUCCUGGUCCAAAUGGACAUGGCAGAGUAGUGGAUGCAAAAUUAUUUAUAGAUACUGUGACCUCCUACUUUCCUGAUGUGACAUUUUCCCUGGGUUGGACAACAGGAUGGCAUCCUCAGAAAGUCAAUGAAGGUUACAGUUGGACAAUGGUGAAGGAGAUGGAGUAUAUAUGUAAUGAACUAAAUCAGCCUGUAACAUUUCCUGUCAGAGCAGCAUUAGUCAGACAGUCUUGUUCUCAGUUACUUUGGCUGUUAAAGAAAUCCAACAGGUACAGCCUGACUAUUUGGACUGGAAAAGAUGAUAACUAUUCUGUUGAAGACUUACUUUACAUUAGAGACCAUUUUGACAAAAGUCAAGUUUUCUAUGACAUCUUGGAACCACAAAACUAUGAAUUUAAACAAGCCAUUGGAAUAAAAGUUAACCUCUGAGAAGAAAAUUCUUUUAAAUGAUUUCACCUCUUGAUUUUAUAAGCCUUCUUUGCUUUGGUCUGGAUAAAUUAUCAUAUAAAUUAUGAUUAUUGAUUUAUGCUCCAGUUCAACCGAUCAAAAACACUUCUUGAGUGCUUA